CAUACAUAGACCUAAUUCAUGUCCCAUCUCACCCAAAAGUAUCAUCGUCAUCUACCCCACCCAAUGGCCAUAGACGUCAGCAUGUGCAGAUUUAGGCCGACGGAGUUGCUGUUGAACUUCUUCUUAUUUUGCUUGUCCUACAGAGUUAUCACUCACAAAGAAAAGUCGACACUCCAUGCUCUGUCGAAGCAAAUCACUACCGUCCCUGCACUCGUAACUAUCCAGCAACUACUACGGAUUUUCCUGGAUGUUUUAACUUCUGGCUCAUAGAGCAAGGAAUUUCUGCAACAUACAACAACUGGUCCCAUAGCUCAGUUGGUUAGAGCGUGACGCUAAUAACGUCAAAGUCGAGGGUUCG